AUCGUCUCUUCACAGGUAGUUACGGUACACGCGAGACAAUACGCACCCUUUUAUAUUUCCUCUUUUUAACUAAAUAACAGAAACGCGUUCAGUAUCAACCAAUCACAUUUCUUCACACCUGCUUCUCUUCGAUCCCACACCUAGGGCUUCCACCCAAUCAAACCAUCACUCGCUGUACACAUCCCGUCGGAAUUCGAGAUGGAAUUCACCUGAUCUAGAGAGAGAGAGAGAGAGAGAGAGAGAGAGAGAGAAGAAUGGCGGAGGAAGGAUCGGAGGGGCUGAGGACGGAGAACGGGGGGAGGCUGUCGUCGAUGGAUUCGGUGGAGUCACGGCGGUGGGUGUUUCAGGACGAGGACGACGAGUAUGAGGCGGAGGACGAGGACGACGACGAGGAUUCGACGCCGCGGAUGGAGGUGGAUUCGGACGACGACGAUAAUGCCGAGCAGAGACUGGUUCGGACCGGGCCGCGGAUCGAUUCGUUCGAUGUGGAAGCGCUCGAGGUCCCCGGAGCGCAUAGGAACGACUACGAGGAUAUCAAUGUGGGAAGGAGAAUCAUACUGGCUUUUCAGACACUUGGGAUUGUUUUUGGUGACGUUGGAACAAGUCCAUUGUAUACAUUCAGUGUGAUGUUUAGCAAGGCCCCUGUCAAUGGAACAGAAGAUGUUAUUGGAGCAUUGUCUCUGGUCUUAUACACGUUAAUUUUGAUCCCACUGGUUAAGUAUGUCUUUAUCGUUUUGUGGGCCAAUGAUGAUGGUGAAGGUGGUACGUUUGCUUUGUACUCAUUAAUUUGUCGGCACGCUAAGGUCAGUCUUCUCCCAAACCAACUACCUUCUGAUGCACGUAUUUCGAGCUUCAGACUAAAGGUGCCAUCUCCAGAACUUGAGCGGUCGCUAAAAAUAAAGGAGCGACUUGAAACAUCUCUGACAAUGAAAAAAUUGCUCCUGAUGUUAGUGCUUGCUGGUACUUCUAUGGUGAUAGCGGACGGGGUUGUUACACCAGCAAUGUCAGUGAUGUCCGCUGUUGGUGGUUUGAAAGUUGGAGUAUCUGCGAUUGAGCAAGAUCAAGUGGUGAUGAUUUCGGUAGCAUUUCUUGUGAUUUUGUUCAGUUUGCAGAGGUAUGGAACGAGCAAAGUUGGGCUUUUAGUUGGUCCUGCUUUAUUCAUAUGGUUUUGUUCUCUUGGGGCCAUGGGCAUCUACAACCUUGUAACAUAUGACAGUAGCGUCUUGAAGGCAUUUAACCCUGUUCACAUCUAUUACUUUUUCAAGAGGAACUCAACUAAGGCUUGGUAUGCACUUGGGGGGUGUCUUCUGUGUGCUACAGGUUCAGAGGCAAUGUUUGCAGAUCUCUGCUACUUUUCUGUGAGAUAUGUUCAGCUUACCUUUGUGUUCCUUGUACUUCCUUGCCUCCUGUUGGGAUAUCUGGGUCAAGCUGCAUACGUUAUGGACAAUUAUAGUGAUACAACACAAAUAUUCUUUUCUUCUGUUCCAGGUGGUGUAUUCUGGCUAGUCUUCCUCAUUGCUAAUAUUGCGGCCUUAAUUGCAAGUAGGACAAUGACAACGGCAACAUUUUCUUGUAUUAAGCAAUCAACAGCACUUGGUUGUUUCCCUCGCCUUAAAAUCAUUCAUACAUCUCGGAAAUUCAUGGGUCAGAUUUAUAUACCAGUCAUAAACUGGUUUCUGCUGGUAUUUGCCAUAGUGUUUGUCUGCUGUAUUUCAGGCAUUGAUGAGAUGGGAAAUGCUUAUGGCAUUGCUGAGCUUGGAGUCAUGAUGAUGACUACUAUCUUAGUAACCCUUGUUAUGCUUCUUAUAUGGCAGAUAAACAUCAUUAUUGUGCUGAGUUUUGUUGUUAUUUUCUUGGGGAUGGAAUUGGUAUUCUUCUCGUCAGUUUUAUGGAGUGUGGGAGAUGGAAGUUGGAUCAUAUUGGUUUUUGCCAUAGUUCUGUUUCUGAUAAUGUACAUCUGGAAUUAUGGAAGCAAGCUUAAGUAUGAAACCGAAGUCAAGAAAAAGUUGUCGAUGGAUUUGAUGCGGGAACUGGGUUGUAAUCUUGGAACUAUUAGAGCUCCUGGCAUUGGCUUGCUGUACAAUGAGCUAGUGAAGGGCGUGCCUGCAAUAUUUGGACAUUUUUUGACCACUCUUCCAGCUAUCCAUUCAAUGAUCAUUUUUGUAUGCAUCAAGUAUGUUCCUGUUCCUGUAGUGCCUCAGAGCGAAAGAUUCCUGUUCCGGCGUGUCUGCCCGAAAAACUACCACAUAUUUCGUUGCAUUGCCAGGUACGGUUACAAGGAUGUUCGCAAAGAGAGUCACCAGACGUUUGAGCAGCUGUUGAUUGAGAGCCUUGAAAAAUUCAUCCGGAGAGAAGCCCAGGAACGCUCUCUGGAGAGUGAUGGAGAUGAAGACUCGGAUUCAGAAGAUGAGCAAUCUAUCUCCAGAGUUCUUGUAGCUCCGAACGGUAGUGUGUAUUCACUUGGUGUCCCCCUCCUGGACGAAUACAUAAAAAACACUGGCCAACCCAUCUCAAAAGCAAGCACUUCUGGUGAAGUGAAGCCAGAAGAGCCUCCCACAGACCCCACAAUGUCCGAUCCAGAGCAUAGUCUUGAAAAAGAACUUUCUUUCAUUAGGAAGGCCAAGGAAUCGGGAGUUGUUUAUCUUCUCGGUCAUGGGGAUAUUAGGGCAAGGAAGGAUUCCUGGUUCAUUAAGAAACUGGUCAUAAAUUACUUUUACGCUUUCUUGAGAAAGAACUGCAGGAGGGGGGUUGCAAAUUUGAGCGUUCCCCACUCGCAGCUGAUACAGGUGGGUAUGACUUAUAUGGUUUGAUUUUGUUGCCGACCUUAGAGAAACUUGAUUUACGUUUGACAGAAGGUUUGACUGAAGCGAUUGAGUUCCAGAGGGGCCAUGGUUGACCCGCAUGUCCUCAAUUUAGGCAACUGGUUGCAAAUGCUCCUCACUGCUUGUUUCUGUGAUUACACAUAUGCCCAUUUUUGGACCUCCUCGCAGCCCUGGUGGUAGGAAAAUUUUGUAGUUUUAUCACCUUGGUCAUCUUCCACGCAGUGAUUCUUACAAUCUUGAGGCCUUGGGCAUUCGGUUGUGUAUUACACCAUGUCGAUGAUAUCUGAAUGCAAUUUUCAUAAUGUGUUUCUAGCUCCAGUUUUGUCCUCUUGCUCUCAACGCAACGGCAGAAUUGGCUUUCAACAAGGUCAUGCAUUCAACUGUAGAGGCAUCAAAAGUUUGGACUUGCUAAGCGUCCAAUGUUCAUAUACUAUCUGCGAAUGAUUAAGGAAUGUUAUUUUUAUUUAUUUAUUUUGCUUGAAUUGAAUGAGUUGCGAAUUGGUGCUUCAUAUUGCUUCAGUUGUAUGAUUUCAACGCUCUCCCAUGUGUCCGUUAUAUUGCAUAUCUUCGAAUAGUUGAAUGUAGGUUUUCACAAUUGCCAAA